CAGAAGCAGCUGAUUAUUGACUCCCCCUGUUUCCAGUUAGCCCUCAGUUUGGAAAUCAGUCACACAUCAACUGAAGGGGAGGAGGUGAGGACAUCCUUGAGGGGGUUCUUAUCAGCGUUGGAGUUGAAUAUUGCUUACCAUUGACACACUGGUUUAUAGAGGCCUGAAAACAACCCGUGGAUCCAAAGCAGCCUUUGGAUUAGUACAACCUGGUUCUCCUCAGAAUGGUACCGUCAACCGUGAGGCGAACCUUUACUUUGUAAUCAUCCGGAAAUGUUUGAAAUGACGUUUUCUACUCGGCUGUCAAGACGGACUGGGCUUGCUUAUUAUUGAUUAUUGGCAACGCGGCCGUCAAACCAUAGCAGCCCCACAACCGCUCCAGAGGAGUUCUCCCGGUUCUCCACACACCCAGCGGGCCGGGCCCGGGGAGUAGGCCGGGCUACGGGAUGUGUUCGGUGGACAAGCCGCCCGCCUGCAGGCUGUUGCUGGACGACACCGUGCCGCUGGCCGCGGUGAUCGAAGCCAGCCAGACCCUCCAGUCUCACACGGAGUACAUCAUCAGAGUCCAGAGGGGUGUGUCUUCAGAGAACAGCUGGCAGGUGAUUCGUCGCUACAGUGACUUCGACAUGCUACAUAGCAGUCUCCAGGUUUCAGGGAUCAGUCUGUCCUUCCCUCCUAAGAAGCUGAUAGGAAACAUGGACAGGGAGUUUAUAGCAGAGAGACAGAAGGGCCUACAGGCCUACUUGGACUACAUUACCCACAAUCCCCUGCUUUCCAGCUCAGAAGCUGUCAAGAAGUUUCUGGACCCCAACAGCUACUCCUCCAACUACACAGAGAUCGCCCUCCAGCAGGUGUCCAUGUACUUUCGGUCGGACUCCCGGUGGGAGGUGGUGGAACCUCUUAAAAACAUCGGGUGGAGACUCAGGAAGCAGUACUUCCUGAUCCGGAGCCGGGAACAGCCCAAAGACAGAAACCUGCUGAGCUGGGUGGACCUGGGACCUGAUAAGUUUCUGUCAGAUAAAGACCUGCAGGCAGUCAUGAAGCUGCUGACCUCCAUGAAUCACCCCUGUAUCUGUCCGCUGUUGUUCUCCAGCACCAGUGAGUCUUCAGCCCUGGUCAUCAGACCCUUCAGUGAGAGAGGAACGCUGCGGGAACUCCAUCUACAAGGUGAAGGUGAAGGACGUCUUCUGAAGAAGUACUGUAACCCCAAGAAGAGCGAAGGUUUGGAGCUCCGCCACAUCCAGCACUACGGACGACACAUACUGGAGGGUCUCCGGUUCCUCCAGGACCAGGGGCUUCCCUACGGCCACCUCCAGUCCUCCAACGUGCUGCUGGAGCAGACGCCCCCGGCGACCUCUGACCUCCUGGCCUGCCGCCUGCUGGACGUGGAGAACAGCCUCCUGGGGCUGCCCGCCUUCUACCGCCCGCUGGUCGCCCUCAACACCACAGAGUGUGUAGACGUCUUCUCCUUCGGCCUGGUUCUGUAUGAGAUGACCUACGGCCACCCCCCCGAGCCCCCCCCUGUGGACCAGUUUCCCCCCUCCCCCCACCCUGCCAUAGUUUCUGUUCUCCAGUCCAUCCUCUCAACAGAAGCGUUUAAAACUGGACCACCGACCGUCAGUCAACUCAUACAGACACAGCUGUUUCGAGACGUCCAGAUGCCCCAGUCAGACAAACAGCCGUUUAAGAUCCCCAGCAGACUGAAGGAGGCGCUGCGCUCCUCGAAGGAGCUCCUGGAGAGGAGGCUACAGGAGGAGCAGCGACAGCUGAACCAGCAUCGCCGUCUGACCCGAGCUCAGUCCCACCACGGAUCAGAGGAACAGAAGAAGAGACGCAAACUCCUGGCCCGGAAGAAGUCCAGACAGUCGGCUUAUGAAAACGAAGAGGAAACAUCUGUCAAAUAUAACAACAACUCUGGUUCUGGAGCAAGCUCACCUCCGACAUCGCCCUCACCCCCCACACCCCUCUCGGCCACAGGACUACAGGCUCCUCCUCCUCCGCCCCCUGCCCCCCCCGCUCCUCCAGGCUGCCAGCCCCCGCCCCUGCCCUCCUCCAACGGGGGGGCGGGCCGGGGGGCCCUCCUCAGCUCCAUCCAGGGCUUCAGUAAGGGCCACCUGAAGAAGACGGAGACCCAGGACCACGGCAGGCCCCUUCUGUGACAUCACAUCCUCCCCCUUCUGUGACAUCACAUCCUCCCCCUUCUGUGACAUCACAUCCUCCCAUGUACAUUUGAGUUUCAAUAAAACUAGUAAAAAAAUAAAAUACA